UUGUAGAUGAAUCAGGCAAUGUCUCGGCAUGCAGUUGGUAAUUCCGUGGUUGACGUUCUGAUCCGAGGCUACGGUAUUACUUCACCGUGCUGUGAUGGCUCCAUAACAAAAACGCCACCGCCAACAAACCAAUGAAUGAUGGAAAAAGAGCGAAAACCGUUGAGCUGCUCCGAAAUCGCUGUACAACAGUACUGUUGUUGAAUCAGCAUGCCCCUAUAAACACGGCAUUUUUUUCAAGUCGAACAGCACAGUGCAGGAGUGCUUCCGUAAUGGAUAUAUGCCCUGAAAUGCCCGGCUGAAAAAAAAAAUUGUUAAUUUCGGUCUGUGCUCAGCGUCCUGGACAAGAUGUCGGAGGAGAAGAGCAAGACAACAUGGCAAAAGGUGCAGGAAGUCGUCUGGGAUGGUGAGCGCACGGCAGCAGAAAGACGGCUUGUCCAACGACUCGACUUACACCUCAUGACAUGGGCGACAUUCGGGUAUUUCGUACGUCUUCUCGACUGGGGCAACGUCACCAAUGCCUAUGUGUCUGGGAUGAAAGAAGACCUCAACUUCCACGGCAAUCAAUAUAACUUGCUCGCGACGUUUUUUACGUGCGGGUACCUGACGGCACAGAUUCCAUCGCAGCUCCUGCUCACACGCAUUAGGCCGUCGUACUACCUGCCGACGGCGGAGCUUCUGUGGACGAUAGUGACGUUCUGCUUUGCGGCAGUGCAAAAGGUCGAGCAUGUCUUUGCACUGCGAUGGGUGAUAGGCAUGCUCGAAGCGCCCUUUGCCGUGGGCGUGUUGACCGUCAUGGGCAGCUGGUACACGCCGCGCGAGCUGGGCAAGCGCAUCGCCAUCUUCUACUCGGCCAGCUACGCCGCCAGCAUGUUCAGCGGCUACUUGCAGGCCGGUAUCUAUAAGAACAUGGAUGGCCACUUAGGUCUGGCGGGCUGGCGGUGGUUGUUCAUCUUCUGCGGCGUCAUCUCGCUGCCCGCCGCGUUCUGGGGCUACUAUGCCGUCCCAGACAAUCCCUACACCACCAAGGCUCGCUGGAUCAAACACCAUCACCGGGUCGAGUAUCUGGCUCGCAUGGAGUCGGUCGGCCGUCGUGGUCCUACGCGCCUCUCGUGGGGCAAGAUGCGAAAGAUCUUCAGUCACUGGCCAAUUUAUAUCUUGACCUUGACCUUGAUAUUUCAUUGCAUAGUGACUCAACCGUUGAACUACUUCUCCGUCUGGUUGAAGUCUCUCGACCGCUUCUCGGUUUAUCAAGUCAACCUCUUCCCGACCGCGGCACAGGCGCUUGGGCUCGUCACCACGUUGGCGUAUAGUUGGAUCUCUGAUGGUCUGGGAGGGAAACGGUGGCAGUUGAUGAUACCACCGGCGCUCUUCAACUUUGUCGGAAUGGUCAUCGUUGCGGCAUAUCCGGGUUAUGGUGCCACGUUCUUUGGGUACAUGAUCAAUGCGGCCUCAUGGGGCUACUGGCCCAUCGUCUAUGCCUGGGCGAAUGAGUUCUGCCAUGAAGAUGCGGAAGAACGAGCCAUUGUAAUUGGCGUGGCACAGACUUUCGGUCAGGCCUUUGUUGCUUGGGUGCCUGUUGUCAUUCUCAACGUGGGCAAGUAUGCUCCACGGUUCAAAUUAGGCUUCUGCAUCAUGAGCGGCCUCAGUGUCCUGCAGUUCACCAUGAUCUUCGUGCUUAGGUACUACGUCAGUCGAGACCAAGCCAGAAAAAAGCAGAUUGAAGACGAAUUCAAUCAAAACAGGCAGCAAGCCCGCGAGGACUCCGGGGACUCCGGGGACUCAAAAGAGAUACAAAACGGUGCACUCGACAAUAACAGGUCUGUCAGGAUGCCAGCCUCGAUGCUUGAGCCUGUGCCGGAAAAAUAGAGCCACAGGGACCAGCGGUCUGAGGCUAGAUGUUCCUGUGAAGCGGCCCUCCCCUGGUUGUUAAUUGAGGUUCUCAAGGCUAUGCAAGCGGACUUGGUACGCAUCUGCCGCUGUCUGGACAUCGGCAAUGAGGAUGCCCCUCGCAGCUUGAAAAUUGAAGGGGCCUCCAUUUGUGCCUCUUCUCUCCAUAUCGGAAGGCCUUGGCUUUGUGUUUCCUUGCUGGGCGCGGAGCAUGAUCUUACCUAACCUUAAAAAAGAAGGCACAGUGAAGGGAAGGUCCCAGCUGAGUCUGCGAGUGGCACUCAUAACAGAGGACGUUGGGUGAUGCGAUCCAUGGAUCUUGCGAGCAGCAACAACAUUUGUGGUGACCUAAUAGAUAUAAGUUCACAUCUAUAUAAGUCGUUGGAGGCCUAGAGUGAAGGUCUUUGGACAGAAGGUGGAAGGACACGACUUCUAAGUUGGAUACAUCGGAAUGUGUCAUCCAGUGUCAACAGCAUGCGGAAAAGGUUCGAUUCCGGGUAAAAUGCGACGCAUCCCUCAAUACUAGGCGGCCAUAGAUUUGGUUUCGAACCCCUCCCGUAGACCAGCACAGCAUGAUAGGAAACCAUGCAACAGCAAGCUGCAAUGAUGGUUGUAGUUGCGAUAGAUCCAGUAGAUGCGACACUAGCCAUGGGAUCCUGAAUGGGAUCUGUAGUAUAGGAGAGAAACUGAGGGUUGACAUCCUGUCAGGCAGAAUUGACAUGUAUACUUC